AUGCAUACCGUGCAGACCACCCUGACCCUGCAGAAGAGCAGCGAUGUACCCGUGUCCCCCGGGAGGGUCAGGCGGACUGACGGGGUCCCGGCCCCACCUCCCCCGAAGCGGCAGAGGGGGCCCGGCGGCGAGCGGACGGUGCCCGGGGCCCCGGCGUUUCUGCGGAAGCUGAAGAACGCGGCGGUGGGCGCCGGCUGCGACAUCGGGCUGAAGGUGUCGGUGAGCGGGAGCCCGGCGCCCACCCUGGCCUGGUACCGGAACAACGUGUGCCUGGCCCGGGAGAGCGGCGAGUACGGAGCGCUCUGGAUCCGGGAUUGCAAAGCCGCCGACGCGGGGGUGUACACCUGCAUCGCCCGGAACCCCCUCGGGGAGUGCCGCUCCUCGGCCGUGCUGGCUGUGCUGGAGGUGGAAGACUCGGAGGAAUGUGGCGAAGAGGAAACGUUUGAAACGCAGAAAGUGGAACCCACGGAGGGAUACCUCCACCCUCAGCAAGCAGCUGGUCAAAGAGUGUCCACAGAAGGUGAAUUGGAGAAUUUGACCAACACGAGCCUGGACAGCACACCAUCCUCGCUGCGGACUGCCCUCGAACAGCUGCCACCAUCCGAACCCCCGAGCGCAGGUCAAUCGCCAGUGGAGAGCCAGAGAGCGCUGGCUGGAGAAGGAGAGGACAGGGAGGAGGAGGAACUCAGUGUCAGCCUCACCCACGGGUGCCUACCCUGGGAGGUCGCCAGGCAAGCUGACACACCGCAGACACCCGAUGCUCGGAUCAGGCACCUGGGGGUGGAGCCACUGAUACGGGCAUCUCGUUCUAAUCUGGCUUAUAGUAGCUGGGGUUCAGAGGACAGCCUGUCUGUCUCUAGUGAUGUGUACGGGAGCAUGUUCAGUCUGUACAGAGGCAAAACCUUAUCAAUACCCGUGUAA